CCGAGAGCCUAGCCAUGGCGCCACACUAGGAUCUGUAGUUCGCUCUAGUUGCCUCGAGGAAGUAUUGAGUUGAAAAAUAUAUAUUCCUCUCGGAAGAGAUCUUCACGGUAGUUGCAUUUUUCUUGUAACCCAGAUUUCAGCAUCCUGCAUCAUGACAACGAUCAGGCCUUUCACAUGUGACGAUAUGUUCCGCUUCAAUGCUGUUCAGAAGUACUUCAUCUAUUCCUUGACAUUGACAUUACAGUAUGCGCUGACUUUCUAUCUUCAGUACUUGGCACACUGGCCAGAGUAUUUCCAAGUGGCAGAAUCCUGCUCUGGCCAUAUAGAAGGCUAUAUUAUGGGAAAGGCUGAAGGACAUGGAGAAAACUGGCAUGGGCAUGUGACAGCCCUCAGUAUUGCCCCUGAGCACAGGCGCCUUGGUCUGGCUGCCAGGCUGAUGGCCAAUCUGGAGGAGAUCUCCGAAAAGAAGCGAGCAUACUUUGUGGACCUGUUUGUGAGGGUGUCCAAUCAGGUGGCUAUCAACAUGUACAAAAGGCUUGGCUACAUUGUUUACAGGACAGUUUUGGAAUAUUACUCAGGUGACCCAGAUGAAGAUGCCUAUGAGCUUCAGGCUCUUUCCCUUGUCUUUUUUGCUACAAGGUACUGGUACAUGGAUCUGGUUGUCAUGAAUACUGCAAGACUGGAUUAA